UUUGAAAUGUCUUGCUGUAGCCAUUUUACACUUGUUCCCUGAAAAAUAAUCACACUUUGGUCCUUGGAAAAAAAAACAACAACAGCGUUUCAACCUUCACUUCAACGUGGUAGAACUGUUGUCGGGGAUAAUGUGGCAGUGAACCUCAUUGCUGUUACUAAAUAGGAAAAGGACAGGGACCAGAAGCAGCGUCUGUUAAUCAGCAUGGACUAUGAGAGGAGCAGGGGUGGGCGAGGAGAUCGAACAGGUCGCUAUGGAAACACCCACAACGAUCACAACUUUCGGGACAUGGACUAUCGAGGUUACGGCCAAGAAGACGAGGAGGCAGGGCCCGGGUAUGAUGUCAGAGCGGACGGGGACGGACCUUACAUUCAGGAGGAGCAGUCACUGGGUGUUUAUGACUUCUCUCCAGGUCGCCCCCUAGGCAGGGUGGGGUUUCACCAGAGAGGAGAGGGACGAGGGGACAUAGGGCGUGAUGGGAAGAGACGCAUGUGGCCUCCUUGCACUCAGUCUCAGCCGGAUCAAGCCAUUUCCAUGCUCCAGAAAGAGGAAGAAGGAUCCAGUCGGGAGUACGAGCAGUUACGCACAGGUCCACAUGAAAGAAGUCGAGGAAAAGGUGGAAGAGUUUUUCCUGAGAACAGUUCUUCUUCACAUACAGGGGCCAAGGAUGGCUUCUGGGGUUGUGGAGGCAUCCAUUCUGAACAGAUUGAAUACAAUACAGCAAGACAAAGAGAGGAGGACAGGUUCCCUCAUGGGGCCAUGAAGAGGAGGGCUUUUCCUGCAGGGGAAGAGGAGCAUAGUUGUGAGAGUGCUGGACCAGAUCUCUCUCUUGACGAGUUGGAUCAGAGGGACCAGGACUACCGCGCAGAUCUAGACCACAACCAGAAGCCAAGCAACAUCAUAAUGCUUCGGAUGCUGCCGCCCAAUGCCACCACCAAUGAGAUCCGCGCACAACUGCAGGAACAGGGGAUCCAGCCGAGAGAAGUUCGCUUGAUGAGGAACAAAUCUUCAGGUCAGAGCAGAGGAUUCGCCUUCGUCGAGUUUAAUGUCAUACAGGAGGCCACCCGCUGGAUGGAGACCAACCAGGGAGUGCUGUUGAUUCUGGGACAAAGAGUGUCGAUGCACUACAGCGACCCAAAACCACGUGCCAACGAGGACUGGCUCUGCAACAAGUGUGGGGUGCAAAACUUUAAAAGGAGAGAGAAGUGCUUCAAAUGCAGUGUGCCUAAAUCAGAAGCUGAGCUAAAGUUGCCUCAGCUGCAGAGGGAUUUGCCUGUUGGUCUUCAGAAGGAGGGGGCCCAGGGCUUAUUGCCGUUGCCUGCACCAUACAACACUUCUAGUCCUACAGUCAACCCAGGACAGGCUACACAACAGGCAGAUGUUGCCAAUGACACUCUGAUACUGAGAAACCUGGGUCCACAUACUUCAUUGGAUGCCAUCUUAUCUGCUCUGGCUCCGUUUGCUACCCUCUCCCCUUCUAAUGUUCGCCUGAUAAAGGACAAGCACACACAUCUUAACAGGGGCUUUGCCUUUCUACAGCUCUCUACCAUAGUGGAGGCAUCACAACUGCUCCAGAUCUUGCAGGCUCUUCAGCCAGCUCUCUCUAUUGACGGGAAAACGAUUGUGGUUGAGUUUGCCAAAGGCUCCAAACGUGAUGUGUUCCUGACUGAUGGAAGCAGAGUGAGUGCUGCUACAGUAGCCAGCACAGCUAUAGCUGCUGCACAGUGGGCGGUCACACAGACGGCUCAGAAUGGAUCAGGUGGAGGCCAGAGUAUAGAUACAGCUGUGUAUCAGCAGGGGGCAGCAGUGACCUACAGUCAGGAGGGGAAUGAUUACUCUGGGCUAGAUGGCACAAGUUUCAAAGCGCAGGCAGACAACACAGUCACUGCUUUGUCCAGUUCAGGAGCAGCCCUGAUGGGGGCAUACACAGGAGGAGCAGCCACAGGGACAUCAGGAUCAGUGCAGCUGCCUCUCAUCAAAACACAGACUGCUCUCCUCACCAAAGGGACCACCACACAAGCCACACAGGUUGAGAUUGUGGGAAAACCACAACCAGCUGCUCCAAGCCAACCUGCCACCCCAGGGACUGAACACGAGCUCCAGCAAUACCCCGUGCCAGAUGUGUCCACAUACCAGUAUGAUGAAAGCUCUGGUUACUAUUACGACCCACUCACAGGUCUCUACUAUGACCCUACCUCCCAGUACUACUACAACCCUCACACUCAGCAGUACAUGUAUUGGGAUGGAGAUAAACACACCUACAUCCCUGCUGCUGCUGGACAGUCGAAUAGUGAAGGGGCUGGUGCAGCUCCUUCAGACUCCCUUUUUGCCUCUCCUGGCAGUAAGGAGAAAAAAGACAAGCCCAGGAAUAAAACUGCUCAACAGAUUGCCAAAGACAUGGAGCGCUGGGCUAAGAGUCUUAAUAGACAGAAGGAGAACAUGCGCUCUGUCUCUUCCUCCCCAGCCGUUGGCUCCACAGCGCCACCACCAGGUUUCACUAGGACACCUGGACACAGUCGCUUGGAUGACCGGCGAGAAUCUGCUAGCGCUGAUGCAGGUUAUGCUGUUCUGGAGAAAAAGGGGGCACUGUCUGAACGGCCUCAGAUUUUUCUGGACCAGAUCCGACAAAGUACAGAGCGAUCCCCACCUCAGCAGCAGGGCCUGGUCCCAGCCUACAGUGGAGAAACUGACAGUGAAGAAGAAGGAGGCGACAAAGACGAGAAGGAAGGGAGAAUGACAGAUUGGGUUAAGCUCGCCUGUCUGCUUUGUAGGAGGCAGUUCCCCAGCAAGGAGGCCCUAAUCAGGCACCAGCAGCUAUCUGAGCUACACAAGCAAAACUUGGAGCAAAGGAGAUUACAUCAGGAAGUCACAGGCAAAGAGAGACUUGUAGAUGGACCUGAGGCUCCUGAUGCUAAGAGGAGGAAGUUUAGCCCAAUUGAUGGGAUCAGUGGCACUAGUCUUGGUGCCAGGAUGCUACAAGGAGGCGUGAAAAAGGGGCUUCUGUUUCGCAAUAUGCAAGUGGAGUGAGCUUGGUCCUGAAGAAAGGAGGAAAAUGACAAUACCUAGCUCGCAAAACUUCACUGUUAUGGUCAUACAGAUAUCUAAACAUAAACCUUUUAGUUUGGUUUGACAUCACAAUUACCUCAACAGUGGUAAUACACUCAAAUGAACUGAUCCUGUAGCUGUGGAUUACAGGAUAUUGCACAGAUUGCACUUUUUUUUUUUGCUUUCUUCCUGAAUGAUGCAGUUAUGAGUUCUCACUUUAUUUGAUGCUUGUAUGUGAUAAACAAGCUUAAUGUGGUUGGGAAACUUUUGCUGUGGGAAAUGAAAGAUUAGUACAGAUCUUUAAUGCAGUGAAUGAGCUUUUUCUAAUAAUACUGUCUAUGCACCAUAGAUUUUUUUAUUUUGUUUUAAAGAUAUGCGCCUCGUCAUUCAGUGAAUGACUGAUCUGGGCAUGAACUGUGUAAACAUUUUAGAAAAGACUGUGGCCACAUGAACUGGACAGGGUCACACUAACACUAGUGUGUAGUUAAAAAGAAAAAGUCUCAUAUUGCAGGUUUGAAUUCACAUUGUAAUACAUAGUUAUCUCUGGAAAAAAAGUUAUUUUUUAUUUCUAUGAUUUUUCAAUAAUGUGACUGUGUUUCGUCAAGCUUAUGUGAAUUAAUUCUGAAUAACACAAUUUCAUCAUUAUAA